AUGUUCCCAGGUGACACAAUUUAUAGUUUUGUUCUCAUAUGUCAGGUUUGCAUUGGUGUUAUGGCAAACUCUUUGCUCUUCCUGAUAUAUGCAUAUACCUUUUUAAUUCAACCUCAUCUGAGGAAGCUCAUAGAUUCAAUUUUCAUGCACCUGACCAUGGCCAAUAUUUUAACCAUUAUGUUCCAGUCAAUACCACAUAUCAUGUCAUCCUUCAGAGUCAAAGAUUUUUUGGACAAUAUCGGUUGCCAAACUUUUCUGUACCUGUACAGAGUUACCCGGGGCCUUUCCAUCUGCACUACGUCUCUGCUGAGUGUGUUUCAGGCCAUCACUGUCAGUCCCAGUCAUUCUAAAUGGGCGUGGCUGAAGUCUCAGCUGUCCAAGUGGAUUUUGCCCUCUUUGCUUUCCUUCUGGGUCAUCAACAUGCUGAUCUACACCUCCAUCAUUGUAACUGUGAGAGCCAGAUCAAAUUACACUAUUGUUGGCACGAAGUUUGUUCAUGCGUACUGUCAAACGAAGACGUUUCAUGAUCGCAUUACAGGGUUAUUUGAAAGUGUCAUUGUGAUCCAUGAUGUCCUGUUUAUGCUGCUUAUGAUCGGGAGCAGCCUCUAUAUGGUGUUCAUCCUGUACAGACACCGCAGGAGAGCCCGGCACAUCCACAGCCUCACUCACUCUUCUGAGUCAUCUGCAGAGAACAAAGCCACCCGCACUAUCCUCUCAACGGUGUUGUGCUUUGUGCUAUUUUACGUUGCCAAUAACUUUGUGACUUUUUAUGCGCUAUAUAGCCAUGAGAAAAACGCAAGAUUGGUGGGCAUUACUGGACUUUUAUCUUCCUGCUACCCAGCUUUCUGCCCAUUUUUGCUAAUGAAAAAUAACAAAAUUAUUUCCAAAAUGACUUCUUCCAUUGCAAUGAUGCAAAUCACGUUUUCUCCAAGACCUUUUGGUGGCUGA